AUGGAAUCGGUAUUUUCCCUCAAAAAGGCUCUGCGGAAGGCUACGACGGCGACGCUGAAACAGCUGGAUCAAGCUCAGGUCCAGCGACAAUCCCAGGCUGUUCGGGAGAUGAUUCAUAAGAAAGGCUUGUUGAAGAAUAUCCGAGGAGUUUCCUGCUACCUAUCAAUGGAGAAUGGAGAGUUGUCGACGUCUGGCAUUGUUGAAGACAUCCUCUCUGCCAGCAAGUAUCUCGCGAACCGACCAAGUGGAGCAGACAGACAUACUCCUCCCGCUCCGGAAAACGACAUGCGGAUGUUGAGACUGUAUACUCGCCAGGACUUCGAAGGAUGUCCCCGUGACAAGUGGGGUAUUCCGGAUGCUGGUCGCGUUCGGCUUGAUAGGCAGGAGGGGAUGGAAGAAGUUCGACGUCAAGACGCGGAAGAUGUCGGAGCGGAGCCACUCGAUAUGAUUCUUGUGCCGGGAGUCGCUUUCGAUCGCGGCUGUGGCAGAGUUGGGCACGGCAAGGGGUACUACGAUCGGUACAUCCAGCGUUAU